AUGAAAGGUGCAUCCAUACUUGUCUUUUCCUUUCUUUUCCUUGUUAUUUCGUUUGGCAUUUGUAAUUGCUACAAAAAUCCUCGUUUCAGUUCGCUCGAGAAUAAGUCGCAAAAGGAAUUAUCGGAAGACUUGAAUGAAUUGAACAAAAUAAAUGAAGAAUUAAUUUCAAAUGAAAGAGAAGGUGAGGAUGAUGAUGAUGAUUAUGAAGAGGAAAAUCUAGAAAGUUCAAAUUUCGAUGACAUAGCUAGGGAGAGCCUUCAAAUUGCUGAAGAGAAAGCAGCAGUUGAUCUUGAAAAUAUAGAAAUGGAAAAACUUUUGGAUGAAGAAAUAUUCAGAAUAAUUCAAGAAAGACUGAAAAAAUUAUGGUACAUUGGAAAGUGCAGGAGAGACUAUUCUAAUAUGUGUCCUUUAGGAUGGAAAGCAUCCUCUUAUGAUAAAAGUCUGUGUAUCCCUCCUGAGACGUACGAAGGACCAUGUAGAUCAAUGGAUUUUUCAAACAGCACAAAUAUUGACAAGGAACUUUUCGCUUGGAAAUGUGAAGUGGAGUGGGCCUGUAUCAACUACCCAAAAUUAAAUGUCAUGGAUAUUUGCCCCUCUAGAUGGAUACCUGUAGGGAAGAAUCUGUGCAUAGCACCAGAAGAUUACAUUGGGAAAUGUUCCCCUGCAAUGGACUUCACAAAUUAUGAUUUCGAGACACGAAUUAGAUGGGCCAAUGAAUGUAAUGUCCAGUGGUCCCCUAUAGAACAUCCUAAAAUUAUGAAAUCAAAGGACACAACUUUAAGGUCUUCUUCUGUUGGUGGGCCUGUUGAAGAAAGUGGAAAAAUUCUAAAAAUUAUCUCUAAAAAGUAG